GGUUACGUUAAGCUCAUUCGUUGCUGAGUAAUCUAACUAACGCGUGCAACCUCUACACAUUCUGCCACCGCCCGCGAUACUCAUCAACAAACGUUGAAUUGACUUCAAGUACCGCAGCUUUCGAGACACUCAAUUUUUGACAGGAUCUGGAUUUGUCCAGGAAAACUCUCCAGAAUGUCGAAAGACUCCUCCUGCACCUACAUCCACAUGCAUCACCCGCGUCUCGCAGACCUCUUCGAAGACUUCACCCGCCCGCACACAUCCCUAUCCUCCAACCUUGCGGCGGCCGCAAGCCAGCAGCACGGCGCCAGUAGCACAGGGCCCGGAGGCACAACCGUGACAUAUGGCGCCAUGGGCAACCAGUCCACCAUGUACCCCUCCUUCCUACCCGUCGAGGAAAUCUAUGUUCCGCCACAAUACCAGCCCAUCAAUCCCGAAGACGAGGAUGAUGUGGUGCCCGACCAGCACGCGGCGUUUGGGAUUGCGAGGGCGAUGGAUUCAGUGGGCCGCAGGUCAGAGCCUGCCUGGCGGGAUCUCGGGUUGCAGGAGCUGGUCAGGGGUGCGAGGUAUUUUGGUGGCAAUCGACUGGGGAUGCAGGGGAUUGGGGCCGGUGGUGGUGCUGGCGCGUCGGCUGCAUUUGGGGGUGUGGCGGGUGCUGGUCGACCGGGCGAUCCUGCACCAACAACGGCGGUUCGUUUGAGGUUAAAGGGUUCUGGGGCGAUGAUGGGUGGGAGGAGAGUAGCUUGUUUGCGGUGAUUUGACGGGAAGGUUGAGUUGAGGAGUAUUGUGAUUGUUUAUUUGCAUUGCAUAGCAUGGCGUUGGUUGGAGCUCGGUUCAAAGGCACGGGCUUGAAUGCGAUAGUAUUAUUUCUGU